AUGGCGUCCAAGGGUGUUCGAGGCCUCAAUGAGGCGCUCAGGGCCAUGAGUCUCUCCUCGGGUUGCUCUGUGGCCGCCAGGCAAACCUUGCUCCGGUCGACGACGGUAGCCAUCAACCAAAGCCGGCCCUUGGCCCCCGUUUCCUUCACCCGAUCCCUAGCCACAGAAGCCCCUGCUCCCACGGAAGCCUCUCCCCAGUCCAGACUCACAACCUCCACAACGUGGAAUCCCCUAUCAACCGUUCCCGUCACCAUCCACAGCUUUCCCGACCUCGAGCCCGUCUCCCUCGAAGACUGGCUCCGCCUCGUCCAAGACUCGCUGGGAAGUGCACGGCUCGCACCGCAAGAUCCGCCCCCAAAGGGUACCGGUCGCGCCCGCCAGGGCUCCAAACAGAGCCCCCUCAUCCGCGGAGGCGGCAAGUCACACGGACCCCAUCCCCGCGACUUCUCCACGAAGCUCACCCGCAAAGUUUAUGACAAGGCGUGGCGCACCGCCCUCUCCUAUCGCUACCGGCGUGGCGACCUCGUCGUGUGCGAGGACGGCAUGGACAUGCUCCUCUCCGAGGAUUACCAUGCCCUCGUCCAAGCCGACUACAUCAAAGGCGAGCUUAAAGAUAGCUACCUUCGCAAGCAGGCGAAGCAGCUCAUGGCUGCCCACGGCUGGGGUCGUGAGUUUGGCCGUACCCUCUUCGUCACUGAGGCUCCUCGUACCACCCUCUUCGAUGCUGUCAGCCUUGCAGGCGAGGAUGGCCGUGCCCUUGAUGUCGAGGACGUUGACGUCAAGGACCUCCUAACCGAGGGCGCGUCGUGA